GAUAAAUUACGGCCGGAGCCAUUAGAUAAUUAGAUGCCAGAAGGCCCAAAACCCAGAAGUCCAGAACAACAACAGAGAGGGAGAGGCGGAGAGAGAGGAACCAACUAGGCAACUACCAAGGUUUGAUUUUGAUUUGAUUUUUCAUUUUUGAUGGGGUUGUGGCCUGGCCUGGUGGGGGUGUUUGGAGUUUGGACUGGAGUGGUACGGGACUUUCUUUUUUGCAGCAACACAGAAAAACACUCUAAAAAUUAAAACUCUGCAAGUCAUAGAAAAAGAGCUUAAGCGACCGUAUUCUCUUUUUCUCUCUACAUUUGCCUUGGCUUCUGCUAAGUAGUCUAACGAGCCUGUGGUUUAUUAUUAGAGCAGGCACAGACAGACAGCACCAGCCCUGAAAAAAAUAAAAAGGGGGGGAAACUCCAGAAACCAAACCCACAGAGAGAAAGUGUGUGGAGAUGGGUUUGCAGAAGAAGGAACAUCAACAACGCCUGACCUGCGCUUUUAUUAGCUUUUCUCGUGUGGGUGUGGAAGAUGAGAGCUGAACUUUUUCCUCCUCCCUUUCUAUCGCUUUUCUCUUCCUUCUGACUUCUAUGGCGGACAUGUAUGAAAAAACCUGCUCUUCCCUUCCUCCACCAUCCUCUUCUCCUACUCCUACUCCUCCUUCCCGUCCCGCAGUUGAAUCAGACGAUAUCUCGCUUUUCCUUCGUCAUUUCCUCCACUCCUCUUCAUCUUCUUCUGCUUGCAUGUCUGAUAGGUCCAACCAAAUGCCCUUCUCAUCAUCGUCUCUUUCUGCCCCUGCUCCUCCUGCUUUCUUUUCUUCUUCCCCACUAACUACAUCUAAAGCUCUCCCGGAGCAUCCACACCAUCCAUACGGGUCAAGUCUUCCAUUUGAUUCCGCCGACUGCCGAGUCAGGAAUGGAACCUCCAACUCCAAGGUCGAGUCCUCCGGCGUUGCAGUCUCCUCCAGUUCCAGUUUCAUCUUCUCUUCUUCCGGCCUAUGUUUCCCAUCCGAGGCGAAAGAAAAAGCAACUAUUACGACUUCCGUUGGGACUGCGGACUGUGAUGAUGUCACGGCAACUGCCAAGCAAAGAAAGUCCCCGUUGGACAAUGACCUCGACGACUACGAAUGCGAAAGCGAGGAGGGUCUUGAAACGUCAGAGGAGCCAUCGAAACCUAUGCCCCCUCGUUCUACUUCUUCUUCGUCGUCAUCUUCAAAGAGAAGCAGAGCGGCCGAAGUUCAUAAUUUGUCUGAAAAGAGGAGGAGGAGUAGGAUCAAUGAGAAAAUGAAAGCAUUGCAGAACCUUAUUCCAAAUUCGAACAAGACGGAUAAGGCUUCGAUGUUGGAUGAAGCCAUUGAAUAUCUCAAGCAGCUUCAGCUUCAAGUACAAAUGUUGUCAAUGAGAAAUGGAUUGAGUCUGCACCCAGUGUACCUGCCUGGAGUAUUGCAGCCUAUACCACUGCCGCAGGUGCCAAUGGACUUCAGUGGGGGAAGUGGAUCAUUACAUAUGACAGCGGGAACAAGCACACUGCCUAUGAACCAAGAAACCUCAACUCGAAUGGCAUUUAGUCUUCCCAACCAAUGCACUUCCUCUCAUCAACCGGUUGUCUUACCCAGUAUGACAAAUAUCAGCAAUUCAGAAACUUCAUUUGGGAUUGGAUCAUCACAUCAGGCUCAUCAUGGACCAUUUCUGUUUUCAUCCUCUAAGGAAAUCUAUGGGGAAAAUAUAUUGCCUCGGCAACCAUUCGAUAUGAAUCACUCUGUGAAGAACCUGUCAGGUGGGUCUUCUUACCUGAGAACUUUCAAUUUUGAUUUCCCAAGAGGUUGGAUAUGUUAUUUUGCCGCCACUAUUAUGACUGUCAAUGGUCCAGGUCAGUCCAACAGACCUGGCCUCAUAGGGUCUGGAUCUGCAUUGAGUUCUGAUUAUAUUAAUAGGGUUGGGAUUGGUUUUACCUGCCCAUGGCAAACAUACUCAAUGUUUUCUACAUGUUUCUCGUAGUUUACCCAUUCUAACUUCCUCUAAGUUAAUUAUAUAUGAGUUAUUUUGAGAAGAGAAAGCAAGAAAAUUAGUAGAUUUAUUGUCAAAUUACCAAGACUUGUCAAGUAAUAUUGGGCAACCCAAUUAAUAAUAGGCUUAGUUCUUGGUCUAAUAGUUGCGGACCAUCCUGUUGGUAUUGAGCUUGGGUCAGGAUUGGACUCUGUUUUGUUAUCAGGUCUGCUCUUAUCUGGUCUGGACCCAACCAUGCUGGCAUAAAACAAUAUAGCAUCUGGCAUUUCGUGUUGAACAGGGGUAGGCCACUUUGAUUAUUCUACAAGACCAAAAUUAGAUGAUCUUUUCCCUUCCAGAAGGUGAUGCUUUACAUUAUUAUAUUGCCUUGCAUUUUAUCUAACCAAAAGUUCAGUUUUGGGAGGAAAUAAAAAGAAAUCCAUGACUACAGGGCCUCUGCAUUUUGAUGAACGAGCCAUAGAGGAAAACUCUCAGGAGGCAUGCAUGUCACAGGGAGAAAGAUCACAUGGUGUGCUCCCUAAAGA